CGACCCCAGUCAAGCCUCGACAUGUGUUCGUCAUGCAUGUCGUCGAAAAUCGUGAUGCUGUUCCGAGUAUCCCACAAUAUUGAUGCCUACCUGCGUCUUCCUCGUUCAUGACUUAUACUCCUGUACACCACACCUGCCAACACUUCCCAUCCACCCUCCUGCAUGACAUCUCCUUCCGCCUGAAAGUCUAACGCACCCUCGACCACUGCGACUGCGCCCACUCAGCCACUUUCACAUGCUCCUUCUCACCUGAAUACGUGUCCGGGCACCAUGUCGACCAUCGCAGAGAACCCGGCCUCCCCAAACGCUAUACCAGUCCGAUAUAGUUCGGCGGGCAUCCACGAUGGUGUCCAACAUCAACCCUCGAAAUCCGUCCUCAGACCUCUUCCCGAAGAUACGUGGAUAUCCAACAGACACCAGUCAAUGCCUCCACUAAGUCCUCCGCUAGCUCUGGCCGACAACACGAACAAGAUGAGACACUCCAAGAAGCAGUCUGCACCCGAGAAUCUGGCACCACGACGGCUAGGUGAAUGGACGCCGCAGAAAGAGAAGAUCAUUAUGGGUCCGUACGACUACCUCUUUGCGCACCCAGGCAAAGACAUAAGAUCAGCCUUGAUCAAAGCGUUCAACUCAUUUCUGGAUGUCCCACCGCAGUCUCUGGAGAUCAUCACGAAAGUCGUGGGCAUGCUACAUACCUCUUCACUGCUGAUCGACGAUGUCCAAGAUGGAAGUCAGUUACGGAGAGGUGUUCCGGUUGCACAUAAUAUCUUCGGAGUUGCCCAGACUAUCAACAGCGCCAACUAUGUCUAUUUCCUGGCUCUACAAGAACUACAGCGAUUGGAGAAUAGAGAUGAGGCCAUGGAGAUCUUCACAACAGAACUACUCAACCUCCAUCGUGGUCAAGGCAUGGACUUGUACUGGAGAGAUACCUUGACCUGUCCCACCGAGGAUGAUUAUCUGGAAAUGGUCCAGAACAAAACCGGCGGCUUGUUCCGUCUGGCCGUCAAGCUGAUGCAAGCUGAAUCUCCAGAAAAGGGUCGAAUAGACUGCGUGCCACUCGUCAAUUUGAUGGGCUUGGUCUUCCAAAUAUGCGACGACUACCUGAACCUGUCCUCGGGCACGUAUACCAAGAACAAAGGUCUCUGUGAAGACUUGACAGAAGGGAAAUUCUCCUUCCCAGUCAUUCACUCGAUCCGAAGUAAUCCUGCGAAUUUACAGCUCAUCAACAUCCUCAAACAAAAGACCACUGACGACGGCGUCAAGAGGUACGCUGUCGCUUACAUGGAGACCACGGGCAGUUUUGAAUAUAGCCGCAAAGUGGUUAAGGAGCUGAAAGCCAAAGCUGGGGAUCUGAUUGCUGAAAUGGACAGUGGCUCAGGGAGAGGGAGUCAAGUGAAGGCCAUUUUAGAUAUGAUGGACGUUGAUUCAUAACCUAGUGCUUGGAGUCAGUUGGAGUAUAUGAGGACUAAAUGGGUCUUCAACAGACCGACACGACGAUUGGGAUUUCUUGUGUAUAAUGUCGCCUAGAGAGCAAUGCUGGCUUGGCUCUUAUUGAGAAAUCCGCCCCGUCUUCCAAAGAUUUGAUUUCCAUUUCGUAUUGCUAGUAACUCCU